UUGUUAAUGCUACUGUUUAGGCAGCUAUGAAAGCAGGAUAAGUCCAGCUCCACUAUCUUCAUCUCUCUCUCCAGUCAUUAGAGGGUGAUUUUUAAUCAAGAUGGAGUCUUGAGAAGUUCUUCUGAAUAAUGGUGCUUGAAAAAGCUGUAAACAUGAGUUUGAUGGACAUUUCCAAGAUUUUCUCUAUGCUUCAGCCCAAAGAGGAUGAAGAAGAGGAGGAUAACGGUGAGAGCCGGCUGCUUAACCAGGCUGUAUCCAAUGAUGACCCAGGGCUCCUUGCUGAGCUUCUGUCCCAGGAGAGAUUCAGGAAGUUCAUCAACAGCAGGACCGGCUGGGGGGUACCGGGUACUCCUUUGCGCAUGGCAGCAUCUCGGGGCCACGUCAGGUGCUUGGAGGUCCUGCUGGCCCACGGGGCGGAAGUGGACAGCCUGGAUGUGAAGGCCCAGACUCCACUCUUCACGGCAGUCAGCGGGAAGCACGUGGACUGCGUCGCGGCGCUCCUAAAGGCCGGGGCAGACCCCAAUGGCAGCAUGUACAACAACUGCUCCCCGGUUCUCACCGCUGCCCGCGAGGGGGACGUGGACAUCCUGAGAGAGCUCCUCCAACACGGAGCCGAGGUGAAUGUCCGGCCCAAAGUGCCCGAGUGGGCAUCCAACCCCACAGCCUGCCACGGUCCGCUCUACCUCUCCGCCGUUUACGGGCACCUAGACUGCUUCAAGCUGCUCCUGCUGCAUGGCAGUGAUCCGAAUUACAACUGCACCGAUGAGAAAAUGCUCGCCCGGCUGAAGCAGGCCAAGACCGUGCUGGAGGUAUGCCUCAGAUAUGGUUGUGGAGUGGAAUACAUCCAGCUCUUGAUAGACUUCGGGGCGAAUGUCUACCUCCCCACUCUCAUUAUAGAUAAAACUACGAAGCAAAAUGAAGCCGUGCUGCUCCUGCUCAAGGAAAGAGUUUGCCCCAAGUCAUUGAUGUCUCAGACACGGCUGGCUAUCCGAUGCUACCUCCGCACAGCUAACAAAGUGAGCUCCAUUGACCUUCUGGACAUCCCUCCCAUUCUAAGGAACUACCUGAAACAUGUCACAUGACAAUUUAGACACUGGCAGUGUGAUUGCUUUCCUACAACUACCUGAAGGGCUUUUUCCCAUGGACAAAUCCAAAGGAAAUAUUGAUAAUGAUGAGUAAAUGGUUGUUUUGUGCUGUUUGUUUUUGGAAAUUGUACAUUUUUAUCAUGAUGAUGAUUUAGUUAUUAGAUCAGCAGAUGGCUUUUCCCAGGGCUAGUUUCAGAACUCUGAUUUUUCUAUCUGCUCAUAACCAGCUGGAAAUUUACUGAAGCAAAUCGGGCUCAGUACCUCCCUCAAAGCUUCAACAACUGUGGCACACUCAGUCUUUGAACCUACAAUUCUCUUUGGUUCUGAGCCCAGUUAUAAAUAGCUGGUUUUCCAUCUGGGGCCCUAGGACAAGGUACUAAGGAUGUGGAGCUGUAACCAGGAACUUAUGCACACACAGCUGUAGUUUUUCCAGUACUCUGGACCCUAAUGUCACAUUAGACCUUGCCAAAAAAGACCGAAAAUGGAUACUCACUGUAAUGACAAGAAGACUGUGCUAGACUUAUAAUACUCAAAUACAACAAAUACAUUAUAUAGCAUCUGUAAAAAUUAUAUUAUAUUAUAUUUCAAGUUUUAUUUCUAACUUCAAAUACACUUCAUAAGUUUAACCAAUAAUUACAUUUUCCUCAUGGCUCCCCAAAAUAAAAAAG